GUUGACGUCCGUCAAAAUGUAUAACCUUACUUUAUUUGUUAUGUUUUUUCCUUAAAUAAACAUGGAUUUAUGGAACGUUAGAGACUUGCCAGCACCGCCAGUUAAUAGUGCAAAAUAUUUACUGAAAAGCAUAGAUGUUGAUAGGUUAAAGAAAACUUUUACAGAAGCACGCGAUUUCUUUUUAUCAUGCAACCAUUUGUACACAGAAGCAGUUUUACUUUCGACGUUCGCAUACAGGAUGAAGCUAAAAUUCCGAACCAACAAAGAUUUCAAGCAAUUGGAAAAAAUAAACAAAGCUCUACGAGUGUACUUUAAAAUGGAUAUUUGCAAAAUAUUAAAUGAUUUUUAUCAUUUGCGCUUUUCAUGUGAAGAAAAAAUGGUUUAUUUACCAACAAAAGACAUGUUGGAUUUUGUUUUGGUUAGAAUACAGGGUCUUGCAAAGUUAUUGGUAAGAAUUGUAGAAACUUCAAAAAUAGCUGCAGAAUAUAUGCAAAUGAAAUUACAAAUUGGACACUUUUGGCAACAAAAUUUAUUGGUUUUCUGCAUGGUAUCAAGAAUAUAUGUUAUAACAAGACAUAUAGUAAAAUUUACAUGUUCGAUGUAUGAUAGGAUUCUACCAUUCAGAAAUAAUUUAAUUAAUGUAAAUAUUAAUUGUAGUUUCUUACCAGAGAACUAUAAUUUACCAAAAGACCUACGUCAUUGGUUAGACGUAGAUUGGAUAGAUGAAGAUAUUCAGUACAUAGAAAUAGACGAAAGUGAACCCGUAAAUAUACCAUUCUUUAACUUGGCUGAUUCUGACGAUGAAGUAGAAUUCUGUGAUGAAUAUAUUGAUAUUGAUAAUGAAAAAAUUACAUUUACUAGUUUAUUUAAAAGGGUUAAAAAAACACUAACCCCGAGUAGUUUGAGGGGAUUUAACGAAGAUGACAUUGGGGAUAUUAUAAAUUUAGAAAAUGAUGAAAUUGUUGACAAUGAUAUUUUGGAGGUUAGAAGUUUGAGUCCUGAAAACUUAACUUUAGAUGUUCCCGUAACUUUAAAUGAAAAUAUUAAAAAAAGGUUAGGAAGUUGCCCAACUUUAACAACUUCAUCCAUAAAUGUUGAUGAUGUUGAUAUUGGAGAAGAAAUUCCUUCAAGUCCAGAGCCUAGCACAAGUAAAACACCAGAUAAAAAUAAAGGAAAAAUUCCUAAGAUUUCAAAACCAACUAGUGAAAAACAAAAUAAAAAUAAAUCAAAAAUAUUACCAAAUACUGGUGAAAUAGUUGUAAUUCCUGAUACGCCAGGUAAAAAAAAGAGAAAGCGAAACAAGAAAAAACUUACUAAUAAUCAAGAAAAUAUACCCAAAAAUUUAGAAAAAAAAGAAUCUACUCUAGCAGAAACAAUAUUAAAUUUGACUGCAAAUAUUGGUGAAAUAAUUGAGAUUCCUGACACCCUCAGAAAAAAAGCUAAAAACAAGAAAAAACUUACUAAUAAUCAAGAAAAUAUACCAAUAAAACCUGUUAAAAUGAAUGUAGAAUCCUCUUUAGAAGAAGUAUUAAAUUUGGCUGCAAAUAUUGGUGAAAUAAUUGACAUUCCUGACACCCUUACUAAAAAAGCAAAAAAGAGAAAGAGAAACAAAAAAAAACUUACUAAAAAUCAAGAAAGUAUACCCAAAAACCUAGAAAAAAAAGAAUCUACUCUAGCAGAAACAAUAUUAAAUUUGACUGCAAAUAUUGGUGAUAUAAUUGAGAUUCCUGACACCCUCAGAAAAAAAGCUAAAAACAAGAAAAAACUUACUAAUAAUCAAGAAAAUAUACCAAUAAAUCCUGUUAAAAUGGAUGAAGAACCCUCUUUAGAAGUAUUUAAACCACUUAACAAAAACAGAAAAGGAAAACGUAAAUUUUCCUUAGAUAGAAUACCAAAAACAAUUAAAAGACCUAGAAGAACAUGUGCUGCAGAACCAAUGGAAAUAGACAAUAUACCGAGUACAAGUACGAGUAAUUCAAAUAUAAGACCAGAACCUGAUGUAAAAAUGGAUACAGAUCCAGAAAGCUUGGAUGAGUUGACCAACAAGGCAGUUCCAAAAAACAUAAGCUCAAACAAGAAUUUGGACAUCAAAGAACCAACAAGUGAAUAUGAAUUUAUUAAUAGUAUACGUAAAGUAGCAGAAAAAAAACAAAAUAAGGAGAUCCUAAAUUGGUAUGGGUUACCAAAAUUGAUGUUUACCACAAUCAUGAGAAAUAUUUUUAAAAACCCUGGUUGGACAACCCAAUACACCCCAUAUCAACCUAAAGUCGCCCAGGGUAGAUUAGAAGGCCUUUUAAAUUAUCAAACUAUGGUAUCUCAACUUACUGGCUUGGAAGUCUCAAAUGCUUCAUUAUUAGAUAAACAUUUUUACUCAUUUACUUUAGCAGUAGCACUUAAGAAACUAUUGGGUAGCAUAAAAAUCUGCUACUGCUUAAAAAUGUACAAAAUUGCUCUACGCGCAAAACCCUUAGAGGUUAAAUUUAACGGGGUAAAAUGUAUUACGAAUUUAAGGUGUUUAAGUGCUGGGCCAGUUAAACCACUUUUUCCUCAUAAAGAUGAGUUUCCAAGCAGGCAUAUUGGACCUAGAGACAGUGAUAUUAUUACUAUGUUGGAUACACUGGGAUUUAAAAGCUUAGAUGAGUUGACAAACAAGGCAGUUCCAAAAAACAUAAGCUUAAACAAGAAUUUGGACAUAGAAGAACCAACAAGUGAAUAUGAACUUAUUAAUAGGAUACGUAAAGUAGCAGAAAAAAACAAAAUAUGGAGAUCCUACAUUGGUAUGGGUUACCAUAAUUGCUGUGUACCGCAUACAAUCAUGAGAAAUAUUUUUGAAAACCCUGGUUGGACAACCCAAUACACCCCUUAUCAACCUGAAGUCGCCCAGGGUAGAUUAGAAGGCCUCUUAAAUUAUCAAACGAUGGUCUCUGAACUUACUGGGUUGGAAGUGGCAAAUGCUUCAUUAUUAGAUGAAGGAACAGCUGCUGCCGAAGCUCUGUCGUUAUGCUUCAGACAAAAUAAGAGGAGAAAGCUUUUGGUUUCCAAAAGGUUGCAUCCACAAACCAUAUCUGUGGUACAAACUAGGUGUCAGUCUUUAGGAUUGGAGGUUCAAGUCGUUGAUAUUCUUGAAGCCGAUCUAUCCAACAGAGAUGUUGCUGGUAUAUUGUUCCAAUAUCCAGACACUGAGGGAAACGUACAGGAUUUUGAGACAUUGGCUGAGAACGCUCAUUCCCAUGGUACAUUGGUUUGUUGUGCUACUGAUUUACUUAGCUUGACUCUCUUACGGCCACCAAGCGAAUUUGGUGUGGAUAUCGCCAUAGGUACAUCUCAACGUCUGGGUGUACCUCUUGGUUAUGGUGGUCCACAUGCAGGUUUCUUUGCUUGUAACCAAUCCCUAGUAAGACUUAUGCCCGGUAGAAUGAUAGGUGUAACUCGUGAUGCAGCUGGCAGAGAUGGAUAUCGCCUUGCCUUACAAACUCGUGAACAGCAUAUAAGAAGAGAUAAAGCUACCAGUAAUAUAUGUACUGCACAAGCUUUGUUAGCUAAUAUGUCCGCCAUGUUUGCUGUGUACCAUGGACCACAAGGACUUAAAGAUAUCGCUAUGAAAGUACACAAUCUCACUUUGUGUCUUCAUCACGGUCUCAAAGAAGAUGGAAACACUCUUACAAAUGAAGUUUUCUUCGACACCUUAAGAGUACAACCCAAAAUAGACUUAGAGGAAGUUAAAACCAGAGCAGAAGAAAAACAAAUCAACUUGCGCUACUACGAUGACGGUGCUGUAGGCAUUUCACUGGACGAAACUGUCACAUUCCAAGACGUAAACGAUCUUUUCUAUAUAUUUGAAAGUUCACAUAAAAUCGAAAAUUUAGUUGACAACCCAGCAGUUAGAAGUAAAUCGAUUUAUAACAGCGAAUUUAAAAGAACUUCGCAGUUUUUAACGCAUCCAGUGUUUAAUUCUCAUCACUCUGAAACCAGAAUUGUGCGUUACAUGAAGAUUUUGGAAAACAAAGAUAUUUCUUUGGUUCACUCAAUGAUUCCUCUUGGUUCCUGCACCAUGAAACUUAAUUCAACUACUGAAAUGAUGCCAUGUUCCUUCAAACAUUUUACUGAUAUUCAUCCGUUUGCACCUUUAGAUCAAACUUUAGGUUACCACCAAUUAUUUGCGGAGUUGGAAAAAGAUCUAUGCGCUAUAACAGGUUACGAUAAAAUCAGUUUCCAACCUAAUAGUGGCGCCCAGGGUGAAUACGCUGGGUUGAGAGCCAUACAAUGUUACCAUGAAGCCAAAGGCGAUAAACAUAGAGACGUUUGUCUUAUACCCGUAAGUGCGCAUGGUACUAACCCAGCCAGUGCCCAAAUGGCUGGUAUGAGAGUUGAACCUGUAAGAGUUAAACAAAACGGUACCAUAGAUGUGGAGGACUUAAAAGAGAAAGCUGAGAAGUUCAGAAACAGAUUGUCUUGUUUCAUGAUUACCUAUCCAUCUACGAAUGGUGUUUUUGAGGAUACUGUGGCUGAAGUAUGUGAAAUAAUCCACAAAAAUGGCGGCCAAGUUUAUCUGGACGGUGCCAAUAUGAAUGCACAGGUAGGCUUAUGCAGACCUGGUGAUUACGGUAGCGAUGUAUCCCACUUGAACCUCCACAAAACCUUCUGUAUACCACAUGGAGGCGGUGGUCCUGGUAUGGGACCCAUUGGUGUUAAAUCUCAUCUAGCUCCCUUCUUACCUGGUCACCCUGUAGUUAACCCAUUGGGCAAUAACUCAACAUCCUUUGAAGUCGUAAGUGCAGCUCCAUUCGGUUCCAGUGCUAUUCUACCCAUAUCCUGGGCUUACAUCAAAAUGAUGGGACCAAGAGGUUUAAGAAAAGCCACUCAAGUCGCCAUAUUAAACGCAAACUACAUGUCUAAAGUAUUGGAACCGUACUACAUAACUCUGUUCAAGAGCGCGUCAUCAAAUUUGGUAGCUCACGAGUUUAUAAUUGACACACGUGAAUUUAAGAAAACAGCGAAUAUUGAAGCCGCGGAUAUUGCUAAACGUUUAAUGGAUUAUGGUUUCCACGCCCCCACGAUGUCCUGGCCUGUAGCUGGCACACUUAUGAUUGAACCUACUGAAUCUGAGGAUAAGCAAGAGUUGGAUAGAUUCUGCGAUGCUCUUAUCCACAUCAGACAAGAAAUUAAGGACAUCGAAGACGGUAACAUGGAUAUAAGAGUAAACCCACUUAAAAUGGCACCCCAUACGCAAGAGCAAGUUAUUAGUAGUUCAUGGGAGAGACCGUACACCAGAGAACAAGCUGCUUUCCCAGCUCCAUUUGUAAGACCUGAAAUUAAAGUGUGGCCCACUGUAGCCAGAAUCGAUGACAUCUACGGCGACAAGCAUUUGGUGUGCACUUGUCCCCCAAUUUUGCCUGAAUAUAAUUAUUAAGUAUUUAUUUUUUCACUGUAUUAUUCUUCAUCAUAAACAACACGUGUUUCCAUAUAAUAAUAAUAAUAAUAAUAAAG